AUGGCUAAUAAACAGAAACAUAAGAAGAAAAACAACAACAUCAAAAAUAAAAACAAGAAAAAGCUCCAUCACGUUCCACCUCCUCCUGUUGAAAACGAAGUAAAGGAAAAGGCUAACCGCUUGGAUUUUUAUCCUUUCGCUUACUGUCUGUAUGAAGAAACGCGUAACCAAUUUUGUUGGUAUUGCUUGACCGCAAAGUCUGAAGUGAAUCCAUUACAGAAAUGCUUUGGUUGCAAGACAGCUCUGUAUUGCAAUCGUCAGUGUGAUGAUUUGGGUUGGAAGGAUCAUAGGGGAGAAUGCGAUGGCAUAAAGAGAAAUGGCAUCCUGCCAGACAUUGAAGUUCGUAUGCUCGGCCGUAUUGUUCUACGAUACAAGGAUAUAUUGGAUCGAAAGAAUAAAACCAAUUUUUUCUACAAAGAUCGCACAUCGAGAAGGGACAUAAUGGAUUUAUGUCAUCAUACGGAAACCAUGAGAGCAGACAACUACGCUUAUGGGAAAUUUGAUGAUAUAUACAAACGUCUAAUAGAGUUUUAUCGAAUGGACUUCCUACUUUCAAAAGAAACGAUCUUUGGCUUGCAUUGCCGAAACUAUAUUAAUCGCCAUGGUAUCAGCGAUUCUGGUUACAAACGUGAAAUUGGAAAGGGGCUUUAUCUUGACUUGUGCCAAUAUAAUCAUUCCUGCCGGCCAAACGCUGUCUACACGCAUUACGGAUUCAUAUCCACUUUGAGAGCUUUAGAUGACUCUGUCGACUUGAACGAUAUUGACAAUACGUUCUACUCGUACAUUGAGCUAUCAAGACCGAGACAAGAAAGGCAGUUGAUGCUUAAAGAUUCAUGGUAUUUUGAGUGUCGUUGUGCUCGCUGUACUGAUGAAACUGAUCAUUUGAGUACUAGCAUCAAGUGUCCGUACUGCGAAUAUCAAGAUAGUGGAGUCGAAACUCCUUUGUGCAUAUAUGGUCGUCAAAGUUACAAAGACCCGAUUUCUGGAGAUAUCUCUUGUCCAACUUGUAAGCGGCACAUUCCCAGGAGCUAUAUCUCAUCCUGCCUGGAUGCGAUGAAAGAUCUAUCCGCUGAAAUGCGUAAAGAAUCUCACUUGAAACCUCCUGAUGAGUUGUUGAGACUUGCUCGCCUUGAAGAUUACUACUCCAGAUCUCUUACAAGUAUCAAUAUCUAUUACUGCGCUGUUCUCCAGAAAGCUAUCACUUUGACUGAUCCUGCUAAUAUUGAGAGUUGUUUGAGAUUGCUUCUUCUGACUGAGCCAUGUGUUCGUGUAUCUUAUCCGAGCACUCAUCCCGGUCUCGGAUUCCACUUGAAUAAGAUCAGUUACUACUAUCUGUCUUUUCAUGAUUAUUCCAAUGCAUUCAGAUAUGCGAAAGAAGCAAACAUAAUUUUGAGUGGUGUGAUGGAUGCAAGACAUGAGUUAUUACAAGAAAAUACAUGCUUACUGAAUCUAAUCAACACCCACCUCAAUAAGGAGAAAAUGCAAAUGGCAAAUCUGGAGAAGAUAAGAAACCUUCACCUUAAUGAUCCUCGUCUCAAAUCACUUCGUCAAAAUCCAAACAACAUUCGUGCCAUCAGAGCGAAAACGGAAGCUGAGCAAGCUAUAAACGCUACUGGAAACCCAGCGGAAGAAACGUCUAAAACACCCCAGGCUUCUGAAAACGGAGUUGAAAGCGUUGUGGAAACUGUCAACAACGGUGAUGAUGGAGAAUCUCCUUCCGUCGUUGAAGCUUCAACUCAAACCACUUGUGAGCUUCCUUAUGAGUUGGCUCUCAGAGCGGCUCAGAAAGAAGAGGAUGAGCCUGCUCCUACAGAAUCUCAAGAACCUCAAGUACCUCUUGCUCAAGAGGAUAAAGUUGCUAGCGUUAAUCUGUCUAACGAUAACGAUGACUUGCCAGAGCUAUUGGCUGACUAG